GGGAGUGAGGGAAGGAGUGAGGGAGGGAGGGAGGGAGGGCGGCCCCGGAGGAGGGGAAGUUCUCGGGAGCAAAAUACAGAGCAAAGCGGCGGCGGCGGCGAAGGUCAGCGGCGGAACAUGAUGCGGUUCAUGCUGCUGUUUAGCCGCCAGGGGAAGCUGAGGUUACAGAAAUGGUACGUGGCCACAUCCGAGAAGGAGAAGAAGAAAGUCGGCCGGGAGCUGAUGCAGAUUGUGCUCAGCCGCAAACCCAAGAUGUGCAGCUUCCUGGAGUGGAAGGACCUGAAGAUCGUCUACAAGAGGUACGCCAGUCUGUAUUUCUGUUGUGCGAUUGAGGAUCAGGACAACGAGCUUCUGACGCUGGAGCUGAUCCAUCGCUACGUGGAGCUUCUGGACAAGUACUUUGGAAGCGUGUGCGAACUGGACAUCAUCUUCAACUUUGAGAAGGCCUACUUCAUCCUGGACGAGUUUAUCAUGGGCGGAGAAAUACAGGACACCUCCAAAAAAAAUGUGCUGAAAGCCAUUGAGCAGUCGGACCUCCUACAGGAGGAUGAUGAAUCUCCACGCAGCGUCCUGGAAGAGAUGGGAUUGGCCUAGCCUCGCUGACACCCCACCCUGUAUGUCUGAUUGCUUACUCUGAUCGUCACUGUCUGUAUGUAAUAAAGUCAUUAACACUAA